AUGAAACUUAGAGUUACCUAUAUAAAUAAUUGCAAAAAAGCAAUUAUUAUCCUUAAAACUUCAUUGCUUAAUUUACUUCUAAACAUUUACUGUAUGAGUUGGCUUGUAAAACACGAAUUAUAAUGGGCACAAAUUUACCCCGUAACUUUUCGGUCAUUACCGGUGAACUGUGUAAUCUUCUCUACAAGAAAGUAUACGAUAGAGAGAGAAUAAACUUGCUUAUCGAUGAGCUUAAUGCAAAACCUUAUAAAGCAGAGUUGUUUGUUAAAAAGCAGGAUGCACUGACGUUAAUAACAGCACUAUGCUCGAAUAUCAUACCUACUGAUGGAGUUUUAACUGCAAAAACAUCACAUCUAAUUAAUAGUAUUAUUACAAAACAAAUCCUGCAAUUGGACUCAGAUUAUGUACAAAAAGUGUUAUUUUGGCAUAUUCAUUGUUUCAAGAAAUGCUCUAACAUGGUUAUACCUGAUUUACUUCACAACAUUCAGUGUAUUAUUCAGUUAAAUCCUGCUGCGGGUCAAAAGUUUUCAGAAGAAUUUAUAGGCAGCCAAGGAGUUUUAAAUAGAUUUCUAGACACAAGUAAAUGUAGCCUGACCAUAACACAAAACAGAUUACACCUCUGCCUCAGUGCCUUAAAAUGCAUGUGUUCCAUAACUUCUGUGCCAGAUGAAAACAAGACAUCUGAACAACCAAUUUUGAGCUCUGACUUAAAGGAACAAGUAUCAGAACUAGUUGUUAACUUUUUGUUGAGAAUAACAAAAGGGCAAGAUGAAUAUCAGUAUUGUAAAGUGGUUGUUACUGCAUUAAGAGUGCUGUCUCAAAUCUAUUUCAAUGAUCAGAAUGUAUGUAUUCCACUACCAGAACUUAUGGGUAUUUCUCGCUACUUCCUUGUCUAUGGUCUUGUGGUUCAGGGUCUGAAACCUGAGAAGAUAAUGCCAGCACAACAAACCAUCGCAGCUGUACCUAAUACUACAAAUCGGAACUCAAAAGGUGGUAAGAAACAAAAACUGAGAAGGCAGAGAAACAAUGCAAUUGAAAGUUUGAAAAAGGAAAUACCGGUAUCAGAAAAGAGUUUAAUGAGAGAGGUGGACAGUUUUGAAAACAUUUCAACAUACAGACCGGUUAGUCAAAACUACUUGGAGCCUCAGAAAGGCAGGAACUACUGGGUGCUGACCAGCGAUUCUGACGCUUCAGAUGUUGAGAGCAGUAGAGAAGCUAAGUUGGUUGCUUUGAAGUCUAGAGUGAGACAGAGUGCUGCUAAUCUCUUAUUAGUUUUAAUAAGGGUAACCGAAAAGCGAGACAUGUUCGGAUACUGGUGGGCCCUCCUACCUGACUCACCAGAAGUCGACAACUGGACCGCGACAGACGCUGCUAGGAAGACCCUGGCCUACUGUGCGAUCACUGACCCCACAUCUAAUAACAGGGCGAGCGUGCUAAGCGUGAUAUUGGCGCUGCUUUCCGGGCCUAGGAUGUACUUGUCGCAGGCUGAAGCUAGCAAAAAAGACAACGCCUCCUUCAUCCCGUUCUCCGUAUCACUCGGCUACAUGAUCGACUGUAUGCACAGAGUGUUAACAUGCAUUUUGGACAGCGAGCGAAGCCACGCGGUCAUACUAGUCGCACUUAAAUGCUGCGCGGCGCUGUUGCAGGCGACGCCGUACUAUAAGAUGAGGGCAGGACUUGUGAGUGAGCUGGUUAGAGCGUCGAGGAAAUUCCUGGUGCACAAGGACGUAACAGUGCAAGUCGGAGCUCUAAUCACCAUGGGAUGCGUUCUUUCUAUUGACCCCAAAGUAGAUGAGGUACUAAAAUGUAUAGAAAAAGACACAGCUCCAACAAAGCCUGUUAAUCAAAUUUAUAAAGAGAGUGAUAACAAUGAAGAAUGUGAUGACUUUGAAGAAGGAUAUUCUGAUGACGAAAUGUUUACUGCUGUGGAACAAACAUGUAUAGAAAAAAUAAGUGAAGAGGAAAAUACACAUUAUUUCAAAAGUUGGAUUUUAGACAUAUGUUUUAGGAAUAUGGGUUGGAGUUUCAAGGAUAGUGAAGUCAUUAAAUGUAAGCCCUCAGCGAUCCCUGUGAUACUAGAAUCUCUCCAAGUCCUCUCAGCCAUAGCGUUCCACCACCUACGAGACUUGCUACAGCCGCACUUGAUACUGUUGGCGGACGUUCUGUUCGAGAUGUUGCAACAUGAGCAUCAGGAUGUCACGUUACAUGCAGCGAAAACCGUUAGCGUUAUUGGGGAUGCUAUACAGAAACUAGAACAAACAAACGAAUCUCCGCCCGUGAGCCAAUGUGUGUACAUGUGGCAGAAACUACUAACGCCGCUGUCAACCGUGCUGCAAUGCCACGAUAAUCCCCAGUGCAAGGCGACGGUGUGCGACUGCAUUGCUAAUAUAGGCGAGCGGUCGUUUAAGGAGUUACCGCGACAUUUACAAGUACUAUGCUGCACUCUACUGGUGGGUUCGUGCAGCGACGAGGAGACGGCGGUGCGAGCGGCCGCGGUGCGCGCCCUCGCUAUGACUGUCAUGUUCCGGACGCUCAGAGAAGAUAUCGGUUUCGUUAGCGACUGCGGGGAGAACAUAUUACGUGCUCUAGCCGAGUCGUCAUUGGUGGUGAGAACAAAAGGCGCAUGGGCGCUAGGAAACCUGAGCGACGCACUCGUUUUGAAUGUGGAUGAUCCGGAGAUAGACGAUAUCGACGACCGACUCCUGCUGCGUUUGCUGGAGGUCAGCAUACAGUGUGCCGCUGAUAAUGAUAAGGUAAAGAUGAGUGCAAUGCGGGGACUUGGCAACAUACUGCGCAUAAUAAAACAGAACAAUCUGCAACGCGAUCCGCAAUUCAGGGUAUUAUGCGAAGCAGCAAUCGGGAAGCUGUUGGACUGCGCGUGCAAAGUGAGCAACAUGAAGGUGCGUUGGAACGCGUGCUACGCGAUGGGGAAUGCCAUGAAGAAUGACGAUUUGUUUACUUGUUUCAGUGGAUGGCAGAGUCAAGUCUUCCCAAAUCUCUGCUCCCUCACCCGCGAUUGCAAGAACCUCAAGGUGCGCAUCAACGCGGCGGUAGCACUGCGCGCCCCGACCACCAGAGCGCAAUAUGGCGAACUGUUCCCGCUCGUGUGGCGAGGCGUCAUGGCGGCUAUGGAGAACGCCGCCAAUGUGGAUGAUUUCACCGAGUACAGGCAUAAGGACAAUCUGAUUGAACAGCUCAGCGUGACACUAGCACACCUCUGCUGCCUGCUAAAGCAGACCGACUUGCCCGAAAUCCUCGACCCCCUCGUCUUCCACUACGACUGCGCGAAGUCCCUCCUGACGCAGCUCUGCCACAAACUGCCGCCUGAGAACUCCUCCUGCCUCAGGAUCCUUGAAGCUGCCAAGUACGUGACAGUAGAUUUGACAGCCGCCAACGAUACGCAGUCCCAGUCGUUGAGUAUGUUGCAGGAUAUAUUUAUUUGGGAUAUGUGAGAAAAUUAUGUCUAACCAGAUAUACUAUAAAUUAUCUCAAAUUAUUUUUACGCCUAAGACGCUAAUCUGUUAAACAAAAACCGUCAUUUCUUUUGUGCGUUCGGUCGACUCCCGCGUUGGGCGUGUGGCAAAGCAACAAUGUUGUUUAAAAAGCGGCUGUAUCGUAGUGGUUUUAAGGUUCGAAUGUAGGACGUAGGUAUAAAUAAUGUAGGACGAUCGACCACCACAGUGUAGCUCAUAUUAUUACAUAGAUUUAAACCGUAACACUAUCACGAUAUAGUUGUUUUUUAUAGGACAUUGUUGCUUUGCCACGUGGCUAAUCCGGAAGCUGACCGAACGCACAAAAGAAACCAAUGGCUUUGGUUUAACAGUCUUAGGCGUAAAGGUCAUUUUUGCCUUGUAAAAACAAAUAUAUUAUCUGGAAUACUGGAUUCUGCAUAUAUGCAUUUAACUUUGCGUGAUUGUCCUCACUGUUUUGUUUUCUUUUGUCUCUUACACCCUCGCACGCAAUAGUAACAAGGGGCUGACGUUAUAUUUCUUGUUUCUAUAAUUAAGAAUAAAAAAAUAAGUAUUGCUCUUGAAUGCUAAGAAAUAGUGAUCCAUUACGACUGCGCCAAAUCACAGUAGUUAAAUAUUAUUCAAAAGUGAGACUCGAUCUUUGCGUUUACUUGUUCAACCAAUGUUGUCCUAAAAUAAAUACUCAAUGAGGCUGAUUUGAAAUAAAAUAGUUACUAACUAGCUUCGAUUAUUUACCUAUAUCCAGUAAAGGUAAUUAAUUAUUACAAUUUAUUUCCGAUGUAAGAGCCACCGCGCAUAUUAUAAUAUUUUUUAAGGGAACACUAGAUAAGAUAAUCAAUAUUAUAAGUAAUUAAUUUAUUAGUUUGUGAUUGUCUUCUUUCUUCUAUUUGUGAUUGUUUAUAUCAAGACUAUACAAGUUAUAUUCUAUGUCACAAAUUGCAUAAUAGGUCCAAGUUCAAAUUAUGACUUUUCUGAAAAUGAACUGCAAUCACUAUGACGUUAUAGUAAAAGUAAUACAAUGCUGGAUUUUAUUUAUAAGCCGCUGUAAUAUUGUGAAUAUAUAAGUAUUUUAUUUGUUUUGUUAAAGGACGUCGGCCGGUUAAUGUUAAGCAUUUGUUAUUUAUUAAUUAAAUAAAUGUUCUUUACUCACUA